CCGUGGUGCGCUGGGAGGUGGGACGGCGCCGGGCUCAGCGUGAUUUACGGCUCUGCUGAAAACGGCUUUACCCGUAACAUCAGCCCCGGCCGCGGCAGCGGCAACAAGUCAGGAAUCUGAGAGUAAUGCAACAGAACACUUUUGAAGAAAGCAGAUAUUCCUGGCAAGAAUCUUUUGAAAAUGUCAGUAUCUGUAUGCCAUUUCGUUGCCCACGGUGUGGUGACCACACCAGAUUCAGAAGCCUGUCUUCUCUGAGGGCACAUCUGGAGUAUAAUCAUAGUUACGAGGACAGAAGUCUUUUGACAAAAUGCAACCUACUCUCCUCCCUCAAAGAUGCAGAUUUGCUUUCUUCCUCAGAGACCUCAACUCAAGGAAAACUGGGGAAAGCCAGCAAUGCAAUAAAACAAAAACCAGCCUACGUAAAUUUUUGUGAUGCAUCACAUGAGAACACAAAAAAUAGAAAAUUGCUGGAGGUGGAAGCUGAAAGGCCUGUCUCUUUUGUCUCAAGUUACAUGCCAGCAAACUCCCCUGAUGAGCAAAUUUCUAAACCUGGGAUUCCCACAACAGACUCAAAAGCACCUUUUGAGGCACACGUAAGAGAAAAGUUUAAUAUGAUGGUGGAAGCUGUAGAUAAAACAAUAGAGAAGAGAAUUGACAGGCUUACCAAAGAGUUGGCCCAAAAAACUGCUGAACUGCUGGAAGUUCGGGCAGCUUUUGUGCAGCUGUCUCAGAAGAAACAGGAAGUUCAAAGGCGAGAGAGGGCCUUGAACAGACAGGUAGAUGUUGCAGUUGAGAUGAUUGCAGUGCUGAAACAACGUCUCACAGAGUCUGAGGAAGAACUUCACAGGAAAGAAGAAGAAGUUGUUACCUUUAACCACUUCCUAGAAGAAGCAGCUGAGAAAGAGUUCCGUGGAAAAGCCAGACUCCAGCACUUCAUUGAGAAUCUCUUGCAGCGUGUUGAUCUGGCAGAAAGACAAUUAGAAUACUAUCAAAAUCAACAGAUUACAUGCAACUACAGUAAUGUCAAUGAACAUGUGCUUACAGACUUCUCAUUAAAUAAGAAACCCAGAUGCCUAAGCCGAGGAAGUCAGCACACUUCAUAUAAUGUCCCUGAAACAAAGCCUCAUUCCCUUCAAAAAGGUAGAAUGGUCCUGAAGAAAACCAAGGAUGACAGAAACAGCAUCCAACCCAUUAAAAUUAUGUAUGAAGCUGGUGACGGUUCAAGAGAAUUAUGGAGGCCACAGAGAAAAGAUCCUAAAUUACUGAAGUUAUUUGCUGCAAGAAUGUCAAGUUCAUCAGUUACAAAGCAGUUGGAAUGUACUGUUAUCCCAGAAAAACAUUUUACAAAUAUAAAAACUCUAAUAAUAAAGAUAUAUUUCUCAGUUACUGUGUUAAUGAGCUAUGUAAUACAAUGCUAGAAAUAUUUUCCCAAUAAUUAGUCUGACAAACGUGGGCCCUAACCUUCUAAUACAUUUUUUUUUUCUUUAAAAAGAAAUAGUUCUUUUGACAGUUAAAAACACCUUUGGGAGAAGCUGAUAUAAAAUAUUGGAGGAAACCAGAAACUUCUGAUAUCUUCAAUUCUGAAUGUUAUUAACUAGUUAUUCUACAAAUCAAAUGGUUCCUGCUUUGGAAUUUCAUGUAAUUCUAUGGAUUUGAUUUUAGAUUAAUGUCAAAUCAUCUAUAUCCACCAGAGAUACAGGAUAUCAAUCAUAUUCAUCAUUUUAUGGUACUGUUAACAUUAUAAAAAAUAGUUACAUUAAAAAAAAACAAGAAAAAUUCUCUUAUGCAGUAUGUGCAAUGUAAUUGUAUUUUGGUUGUGAUUUUUGCCUGUU